UCAGGUGACCGUAUAAAAGAAGAAAACUUGCUAAAAUUCGUAUAAUUUAAAACUGAACUGCAGCUUUGUGUAACACUGUUAUAUUAUUAAUUUUACAUAAACCUAUGUACGAAAUAAGCAAUUGCAGAACAAGGCAUGGACGGAGCAUCACAAACGACUGCUGGUGGAAAUGCGUCUGUUGGAACAUUAGAACAUGAAAAGGCAAAGUCAUAUGAGAACUAUCUUCAACUAAACAAAGUUUUAGACGGUGUAAGACGAUUGAGUGUAGUGAACGGCGAUCCUGCUCACGAUGAGCAUCUCUUUAUUGUCAUUCAUCAAGCGUUUGAGUUAUGGUUCAAGCAAAUGUUAUUUGACAUGGAAUCUGUAAUAGAAAUAUUUGAUGGUAGUCCGGCUCGUGAGGAGAAGAAGAUGUUAGUCAUAACUCAGAGAUUGGAAAGAGUUGUUCUUAUAUGGAAGUUACUGAUUGACCAGUUCUUCAUUCUUGAGACUAUGCCACCACUGAAUUUCUUAGAAUUCAGACAUCACCUUGGAUCAGCAUCCGGAUUUCAGAGCUUGCAGUUUAGAUUGCUUGAAAAUAAAUUCGGAAUUCGUGAAGAAGACAGAAUUAAAUAUGACACUAAACCCUACUACGAUAAGCUGGAUUUAGAGAGUUCAAGAAUAGCGGUGCGAAAAUCAGCGAAAGAAAAAACGUUGUUUAGCGUUGUUCAGAAAUGGCUUGAAGGAAUGGACGAAAUAGAUUCUGAAUUUUGGCAACGCUACAUAAAGGCAGUUGAAAACAGUACAGACAAAGCUUCAUUUCAAUGUGUUGUAGACAAAGCCAAGUAUGAAAGUGAUUAUAAAGAAGGUGUACGACGCUUGAGCCAUAAAGCCUUUAAGGGUGCACUACGGAUUUCUCUUUUGAGAGAUGAACCUGGUUACUGUCUUCCCUAUAAAGUCAUGACCCUUCUCACUGAUGUGGAUGGAUUGAUGAUGAAGUGGAGAUACAAUCAUGCGCUAAUGGUGCAUAGAAUGAUUGGAAGCAAAACUGGAACAGGGUCAACAGCUGUUUCCGUAAAAAAAUCAGGCUAUCAAUACCUGAUAUCUACAGUGAACGACAAGUACAGAGUGUUUAUAGAUUUUUUCAACAUGUCAACAUUUCUAUUCCCUCGAUGGGAAUUGAAGGCCGCUAAAAAGGGAUAAUGUUAGAAACAGAUGUGCAAAAAGAACAUUAUAGAUUUUUCUAGAUCUGAAUGAAUUAAAAAAAAACUUUUGUGUGUUAAACUUUAAUUAUUUUGUUUACUAAAUGUAGAUCAUAACUGAUUUUUUUCUUACAUAUCUUUAAUAAACUAAACUGGUGCAGGAAA